AUGGUAGAAAUGUGGAAUAUAGCCAUACAGACUCAUGCAGACGAAGAGGCCGAGGUGUAUGCAGUACCACAAUUUAAGAUCAACACAGAAGAAAAAUGGGGAAUUGGAUGGAAAUAUUCACUGAAAUGCCUCAAUUGUGGAUUCAUCUCUCCUGUAGUAAAAUUAUACAAGGAAAUCACGACUGACGAAAGAGAUAGGAAAGCGGCUGCAACAAACAUCAACUUACAAGCUGGAUUGCUAGACAUGCCUUUAGGCAAUUCAAGGACUAGGCUUCUACUGGCAGAUUUAGACAUUCCCCCACCAGCUGAAAGUGGUAUGUCCAAGUUAUCCAGUUAUGUGAAUUCAAAGACAACUGACUUGAACAAUGAAAGCAUGAGAACUAAGAUGGAAGAGGUAAAAAAUGUCAAUAGACGAAGAGGUGCUUCCAACCCUAACGUGAUAAAUGUGGCUUGGUCGGUACCAUAG